UAUCAUCGCCGAGACCUCGAGAAAGCAUCGUGUCUUGAGACAGCUACAAAUGUGACAGUAUCCCGCACACUGGGAGAACUGAUGACGCCUGCUGAAGCCUUGGCGCCGGAUGAAGCUGGAUGCCAUCUUUUUGACGACGAAUGGCUGAAAUACUCUCCGCAAGGCACCAUCUAUCAUUCGACUCUACAAUUAUCACAUCUCUCUUCAUACUCGGCACAUACUUCGGCCAAAGCAAGUUUGCGAGAGAUAUCCCUGCGGCUCUUGUGCGGCUCCAAAGGUAAGGUUGCAGAUCUCAUGAUGAUCGGGGUCGGGGUAAAUCAAAGACCGGGGUAGACGUCAUCAUCCUUUGUUGCAUCAUGACUUUUGAGCUGCAUUCCAGCACUUGUAGACAGUUAUCAGCUAGGUUCUCCUUCUUCUCUUCAUACUCGUACAUCUCCCAAUCCACGUACAGCUCUUCUCAUCAAAAACACGCCGGAAUCAUGGGCAUUGAAUACAGCACUGCCAAAUGGCUCGCACCCGCCUCGUUCAUCUACGACUUCGCAGCUCAGCAGUAUGGACUCAACAGCACACCGUCAAUGAAGGACAUUAACGAUAGAAACACCUCGUUCUGGAGCCCUCAGCCUUACUUCAUUGGAGCUUUCUUCGCACCUCAGCAGAUUGUCCAGCUCGCCUGGCUAUACCGUCUCUGGAAGCUUGACGCCAACAAGCCCAAGGAACGCGCAGAGCUCGAUCAGAUUGUCAAUUUUUGCCCCUGGUACAUUCUAGGCAACGUUUGCAUUGGCACGUGGAUGUUCUUCUGGAACUCUGAACAGCUCAAGAUCUCGAACGUCUUCGUCAUGAUCAACUCGCUCAGUCAGCUUUACUUCAUCUUCAACAAGCUUGGCCCAAUGAACACCUCCUCCACCUCGUCCAUACUUACUCACAUCAACGCCAAAACCUUUGCUGGUAUUGGUGUUCUCGACUUCGUCCACAACAUCAGUGUUGCAUAUUACAAGGAUGCCCUUCCUACCACCGCCAUCAAGGUCAUCACUGGAGCUGGUUUCGCCGGUCUUGCUGCCGGUUCUGACUGGAUCUUCGGUGGAUGCCUUGUUUACGAUCUGAUCGCCCUGAGUGUCGGUCAGGCCACCCUGAACAACUCUGAGUGGAGCAAGAUGUUGGGUGGAUUUGCUGUUGCCACUGCUGGCAUUGUUGGCCUCAGAAACUACUUCAUACCUCCCUACGUCAAGGAGCCCGGAUACGAUCUGACCGCCGAAGAUGACACUUUUGAUGACCGUGUUUAAGCCAAUUUCAUACCCACACUCUUGUAAUCAUUUGCAUAUCUUCCAUCGCAGUCUUAGACUCUAAGCCCGACAUUAUGCCUGACAGUGAGACAACACGUACGGAAGACGGACGCGUUGCGUAUGU